AUGCGGGGACUCGUACUUGCAAGUGAGAGAUUUAGCUCUCACUUGGUGGUUCCCUCGUGCGGUCGCAAUCGGUCCACUCAAUUCGCUCUUUGCGCUGGGCCCACUCGACUGAUAGUACCCGCCCGCGAUCCCACUCAGUGGAGGUCCUUCAACAACAUUCCCAAGGAUGCCUCUUGGAAUGUGAAUAAUAGCUCCCAGAAUGGUCGGAGAUCCUCUCAAAUCCGUGUCGCAAGCUCCCAUUUGAGUACGACAAGUAUCCUCGAAGGUGGUGGCAGUCAUGAUGACCACGUACCCCACACCGCUGACGCGGUACCAAGUACCCACGAGGAUCUGAGUGCACGGAAGGCCGCAUUUUAUGAGAUUAUCCAAGAUGGCCAGCCUGAUCAGGUCAUGGACGCGCUGCUCGAUCCUCGAAACGAAGAGUUGGUUGGCUCGAUGCCUCAGACCGUAUUCGUUGAAGUCUUCCAUCUACUCUCCCCGGCCUACUUUGUGGUUCCCUAUCGCGAGAUCCACCGGCCUAUCCAUCCAAGUGCCGCGAAAAUCAAGAGAUUCGAGUCGCUAGACUCCAUUUUCAACGAUUUUGCUACCAAAUUAGCUACGGUUGUUUCGAUUCGACGGUCGGCCGGUCAGUUUCUUGGUCUAGCGGAAUACACUCACCUGCUGGAUUGCGCACGGUCCAUUGGAGAUGCUCUCAUGGCCGACUACAUUUGGCAUAGCAUGACAGAAGACGAAGUUGUGCCAGAUGUGACAUGCUACAAUUAUUACAUGGAAGCCAAGGUCUGGGACAAAGCCUAUACUGGGCGAGAGAGAUAUCACACGCGGAUGACGCCUUAUGCUUAUCGGAAAAGAAGGUUUUUUCACCAAAAUGUCGGCUGGGAGGGCUACCGUACCGCUGAAAAGAGCGUCCGAAAAGAAGUGCUUCAGAUAUUCAACGAAAUGACUGAACAAGGGUAUCAUGGCGAUGAGACUAGUUUCAUCAAUGUGAUGUUGGCAUCCAGCCGUGUAGGUCAUGUGCAGGGGAUGAAGAACGUGCUCAAAGUAGCGUGGAAUAUCGAUAUUGAUGCGCUCGCGACACUGGAUCAGUCUGAAUUGCCUCCAGCCACUAGUUACGACCGAUCAUCUCCUUUGUACCCUUCAAGUCGCCUCCUGUUUGCAAUCGCUCAUGCAUUCGGCACAAACAAUGAUAUUUCCGGUGCAUUGCGAGCCAUUGAAUUCGUUUCAAACUCAUAUGAUAUCCCUGUCCCAGAACCAGUCUGGCUUGAAUUGCUCGAGCGCGCCUUUGUCCUAUCACGGAACCGGUUUGGUCCAGACGCAAAGCGGAAUGCAUUAGGCAAAGUGCCUCCCGAGUUUGUGAAGGGUGUGUUCGAAACAAUGACGUCGAGCAAUUUCAAUGUUCGUCCUACAGUCGAUGUGCAUCGUAUCCUUGCCAAGACCGCAUGGGAUCAAGCCAGACUGUCGGAAUUCCAACAUCACAUGUGUGCUGCUUAUGACCUGCUGCGAGAAACCAGGCAGAAGCGGAGGACAGCGAGAGAUAUCAUCGAAGCUUAUCUAGGAGGGGCGUCGUCAAGCGGUUCUUCCCGACGGAGAUCGCGGAUUGACACUACGCUUCUACAAUCACGAGGCUUCGCCGAGGCGGUACACACCUAUGAUGUCCUCCGAUUACGCACCGCCCAGCAUACCAUCACCAUGGAACGCUUCGCGAGACUCCUCGUUACGCACAAACGGUGGACGGGCCGCGACAAUCCGGUAUGGGAACGCUGCCUCCUCCCUAAAGUGCUUGAAGAGUGGAAGGAUUUUCUACCACAGUCCGUCCAGUACCACAUCAGGGGCGGCCUAGUCGAUCUCCUAGGCGUGACACACUGGGGCCAACAUAGAUUGACACUUCACAAUAGGGUCCCAGUCCGUCGACCUACUGCGGAGAACGGCAUUGAGCUGGACGAGGAGGCCAUGGAAAUGGAGGACGAUUUCGUCUGGGCAAAGUAUUUACGCUCCAACCCCGAUCUCGACUUAGACAUGGCGCCACUGAAACGACUCUUCUCCGGAGUCGCGGAGAGAACCCGCAGACCUAGACCAUCUGCCAUAGAUAGAGAAUAUGUCACCGAGCCCCAAAAUCUGGGCUACGAGGCCGACGGACUGUCCGAUCUACCGGCGGAAGACUAUGCCGGAACGCAAUGGACUGCACAGAGACAGAAGGAAAGAGAAACGCCUGGUGUUAUACCUGGGAACUUUGAUGUGGUAUUCACUUAG